AUGACUGGAACCGCGAAGACCAAGCCCCGCGUCAGCCUUGGGCUUUUGACAUUCGGCCCCGAAGGUUCAGAAACCUAUGGAAGCCGCAUUACCUCCCUUGACACCUUCAAUCAAUGCCUCGACUAUUUACAGUCCCGCGGUUAUAAUGAAGUCGACACAGCCAGAACCUACGUCGGCGGCCAGCAAGAAGGCUGGACCAAGCUUACCAACUGGCGAGAGCGCAACCUUACUCUCGCUACAAAAUGGUAUCCUUACAAGCCUGGCGAUCACUCCAAGACCAUUGUUAAGGAGAACUUGAACAAGAGUCUUGGCGAGCUUGGUUCCGAUAGCGUGGAUAUCUUUUACCUUCAUGCACCAGAUCGUUCAGUUCCGUUCCAGGAGACGCUUGAGGCUUGCAAUGAACUCUAUCAAGAGGGAAAGUUCAAGAAGCUUGGCCUGAGCAAUUUUGCGGCAUGGGAAGUUGCUGAGCUUUGCACAAUUGCUCACCAGAAAGGCUGGGUCAAACCCACCGUUUAUCAGGCUAUGUACAACUGCUUGACCCGCGCCAUCGAAGAAGAACUCGUUCCGUGCUGUCGAAAGUUUGGGAUGGAUAUUCUUGUCUAUAAUCCCUUGGCUGGUGGUGUACUUUCAGGUCGCUACAAAAGCAAAGAGAUCCCAGCUGACGGCGGACGAUAUUCCACCCAGGACCCGGUGAUUGGGGCGAUGUAUCGCGACAGGUACUUCAAGGACGUCAACUUUGAGGCUUUGAAGGUGAUUCAACCUGUCGCUGAUAAAUUAGGGUUGACGCUCUUGGAGAUUGCGUUCAGAUGGCUUGUUCACCAUAGCAAGCUCAAGGUCAUGGAUGGCAAUGAUGGGUUAGUAAUUGGUAUCAGCUCUCUCAGCCAGCUUGAGAGUAACCUGGAUAAUGUUGAGAAGGGUCCGUUGCCGGAAGAGGUGCUGGAGGUAUUAGAUGAGGCAUGGAAGAUCACCAAGCCUUCUUGCUCUCUUUACUGGAGGUAG